CGGGACGGGCUCGGCUCCCAUGCCCCGGGAUGGAGCUCGGCCGAGGGGACGCGGUGCCCUGCGGGAAGGACAAAUUCAUCUCCAGGAAUGAGCUGCUCCUGCACCUCAAGACCUACAACAUCUACUACGAGGGGCAGAACCUGCAGCUGCGGCACCGGGAGGAGGAAGGGGAGCUGAUCGUGGAGGGGCUGCUGAACAUCUCGUGGGGGCUGCGCCGCCCCAUCCGCCUGCAGAUGCAGGACGACAACCAGCGCAUCCGCCCGCCACCCUCCUCCUCCUCCUGGCACUCGGGCUGCAACCUGGGAGCCCACGGGUCCGUGCUGAAGCCCAGCACGCUGCCGGACAUCCCGGUGACGGACGGGGACACCGCACCCAGCGCGGAGAAUCCCGGGAAAGGCGCAGGUGAGCCGGCCCUCAGGCCGGCAGAGGAGGCUCCACAGCUGAUGCGGACCCGCAGCGAUGUCGGGGUCCGGCCCCGCGGCAGCGCCCGCACGCCUGGCGAGCAGCGGCGGCUGCGCCGGCACCGCUUCUCCAUCAACGGCCACUUCUACAACCACAAGACCUCGGUGUUCACGCCCGCCUACGGCUCCGUCACCAACGUGCGCAUCAACAGCGCCAUGACCACGCCACAGGUGCUCAAACUGCUGCUCAACAAAUUCAAGAUCGAGAACUCUGCAGAGGAGUUUGCUCUGUACAUGGUGCACACGAGCGGAGAGAAGCAGAAGCUGCGCGGCAGCGACUUCCCCCUGCUCGCCCGCAUCCUGCAGGGCCCCUGCGAGCAGGUGUCCAAGGUGUUCCUCAUGGAGAAGGACCAGGUGGAAGAGGUCACCUACGACGUCGCCCAGUACAUCAAAUUCGAGAUGCCCAUCCUCAGGAGCUUUAUCCAGAAGCUGGAGGAGGAGGAGGAUCGGGAAGUGAAGAAGCUGAAGCACAAGUACUCCAUCCUGCGGCUGAUGAUCGAGCAGAGGCUGGAGGAGAUUUCCGAGGGCCCGACAGCGAUGUGAGCGUCCGUGGGAUGUGCUGCACCAAAUCCCAACCCCAAAACGCUCCUGGUGUCCAUCUGGACAGCUCCAGCCCCGAGCCAAACCCCCUCCCACGCCUUCACCCCCGCAGAAUCCUCGGGGGCUCUUCCCAGGAAGAGCUGGCGGCAGCUUCAGCCAAAACCUCAAAUCCCUGGAAAACACAGGGAGGAAAAAGAAAAGAAAAAAAGAAAAACAACAAAAAAAGAGGAAAUCUGUGAGCAGCACAAAGGCAAGGAUGGGGCUGAGCGAGGGCUGCCAGCAUUCCUGAGCUGGAAUUCUGGGGGCUCAGUUUGGAAAUGCCAGACAUGGCUCC